AUGGGCUGCAGGUCUUCCAAGAUUCGGUCUUUGGUGGCGCAGCCGGCCCCCCCAAGGUCUGAAGUGGACGCAGCCCCGCUCCUGAGCCCACCCGAGGAGUCGCCACCCGCCCAGCCGCCAGACGACGAGCACGGCGCAGACUCGGGCGCCGCAGCCGCGGCGCAGCCGGACGUCGAGCAGGCCGAGCCACCGCCGGGCGACAGCCCGCUGCGGCACGAGGCCGAGGCUCGGCCACGAGCAGCCUCAGAUCCGGGGCCGGCCAUCGUGGCUGGAGCGCAGGGAGAGCCCGGAGUGCCCUCCGCCCGCGCCGCUGCAGCGGCGGAGCGGCUGCAGCGCCUGCUGCUGCGCCCGCUGGGUCCUGGGGGUCGUGGCCCUCGCGGCGGCGGGGGCCGGGCUCUGGGCCUGGCAGCGGGGCCCGCCGCAGGAGUGGGCCGGGCUCUGGGCCUGGCCCUGGGGGCUGGGCUCUGA